GCAAUAAAUACAACAGCACGUGUUUUGGGCGGUCGCGGACACACGGCGAUCACGUGUCUGAGGACCAACACAAGACGAGCAGGAGAGAAUACAGGCAGUCGCAUCCAGACGGAGAGACAGAGCCGCAGACAUGGACCUCGAAGUGGAAUCCGCAGACGUGAUCCGGCUGAUCAUGCAGUACCUGAAGGAGAAUAAUCUGCACCGCACUCUGGCGAUGCUCCAGGAGGAGACCACCGUCUCUCUACACACGGUGGACAGCAUCGACAGCUUCAUCUCGGACAUCAACAACGGGCAGUGGGACAUCGUGCUGCUGGCCAUACAGUAUCUCAAACUUCCCGACAAGCUGCUCAUCGACCUCUACGAACAGAUUGUGUUGGAGUUGAUUGAGUUGGGGGAGUUGGGAUCAGCUCAGUGUUUACUAAAGCAAACUGAUCCCAUGAUCAUGCUGAAACACACUCAGCCUGAGCGCUACUCUCGCAUGGAGACCCUGCUCACACACCCAUACUUCGACUCGCAAAAGGCAUAUCCAGUGGGCAGCAGUAAAGAGAAGCGCAGGCUGGCUAUCGCUCAAGCUUUUGCUGGAGAGGUCUGUUUGGUGCCACCUUCUCGUCUCAUGGGUCUCCUUGGCCAGGGCCGUAUAUGUGAAGGGGCUCUAUAUAGAUUACAGGAGACCAAAGCUCUUAGACAGUUUGGCUCAUUAGCAAUGCUGUCUCUGAAGUGGCAGCAGCACCAGGGUCUCCUGCCUCCAGGCAUGUCUUUGGAACUGUUUCGGGGCAAAGGUGCAUUGAAGGACAUGGAGGAGGAGCGCUUCCCCACACAGCUCAGUCGCCUCAUAAAGUUCGGACCAAAGUCCCAUGUAGAGUGUGCUCGAUUCUCUCCUGAUGGACAGUAUUUAAUCACUGGAUCUAUUGACGGUUUCAUUGAAGUCUGGAACUUCACCACUGGUAAAAUUUGCAAGGAUCUGAAGUACCAGGCUCAGGAUAAUUUCAUGAUGAUGGAUGAAGCUGUGCUAUGUCUGGCAGUAAGUCACGACUCCCACGUGAUCGCCUCUGGAGCCCAGGAUGGAAAGAUACAGGUCUGGAGAAUUCUGAACGGGACUUGUCUGAAUAGAUUGGAACGAGCCCACAGCAAAGCAGUGACCAGUGUCUGCUUCAACCGGGACAGCACUCAACUACUGAGUUCAUCCUUUGACCAGAUCAUCAGGAUUCAUGGUUUGAAGUCGGGAAAGUGUUUGAAGGAGUUUAGAGGCCACACAGCUCACGUAAACGACGUCAUCUACUCUCACGACGGGCAGCAUGUCAUUAGCGCAUCGGCGGACGGCACCGUAAAAGUCUGGACUGUGAAGACAAUGGAUUGCACCCACACAAUAAAAACCCCUGACAUCCCUGAGGGUACAGACAUCACUGUUAACAAUGUUGUGCUUGUUCCAAAGACCCCUGAGCACUUUGUAGUGAGCAAUAGGACCAACACAGUGGUUGUUACGAACAUUCAUGGCCAGGUGAUGAGGAGUUUCUGCUCUGGCGUGAGGGAAGGGGCUGACUUUGUUUGCUGCACGUUGUCUCCACGUGGCGAGUGGAUUUAUUGCGUGGGAGAGGACUAUGUGCUGUACUGCUUCAGCACCAUCACUGGCAAGCUGGAGAGAACGCUCACGGUACAUGAAAAAGAUGUGAUUGGCAUCGCUCACCACCCUCACCAGAAUCUGAUCGCCACAUACAGCGAGGACGGCCUGCUCAAACUCUGGAAGCCCUGAGCCUCCUCCAUCAACACAUGGACUAUGUUAUAUACACACGUGUCUCAUCUUUGUGGUACCCCUGCAAACACACAUCUCUUCCUUUACAUGCCUGCUAUACAAGACUGUCUUCCGUUCAGAGGAUUCAACAACAAUCAUCUCUUCCCUUCAUUAACUGAAACUAACUUCUUAAUGCUAACAUGGAAGAAAAAAAACGCAUGAACGUACUGGUCUUUUCCUAUUAUUAAGGGCUUUGUAGUACUGUCUGUGAUGAUAUCCGCAUGCCAAAUUUAGCCCGGUGGAAAAUAAUAUGGUAAACGUACUGGCUUUCUUUUACAGGCCAUUCUUGAGGUAACCUUGUGCGUUUCUUUGAUCUUUUUGGCCAAAGACAAACUAAUCAGUGUGUAUUUGCUCAUAAUGUGACACUGCACUGGUCUUGGACUCAUUGAGGACAUUAUCGCAUAUUUGUACUUGUGUACAUUUAGAAUUCUGAUAUGUUUAGAGUUCAUACGGUACAAUAUUGUGUUGAUUUUUACAACGGUUUAGUGUGUUUUAACACUCGACCAAGCACAUCUACUCGUACUGCAUGCAGGUGAACAUGAUAUGCAGGUUCUGCAAUACUGUAUGAGAGUAAUCGGUGUGGUUUAUAUUCAGAUAAUUACAGAUUAUUUUCUAUCUAUACAUAUAUAUAUAUAUAUAUAUAUCUUUUUUGGGAAUAGUGGUUUAACACUUCUUUACAGUGUAAGUCUCGGAGUAUCUUACAGUGCUGGUAAAUAUUCAAAUUCAAGCAUGAAUAAUCCGUGACAAUCUACUCCAAAGAUCUGUCGUUAAGAUGCAUCAUUAACUCGUUAGAUGUGGAUUGCUUGAUAUUUGCAGUAGAUUUCCAAUAAAGAUGUAGAGACGUCUUGA